CAGCAGCGGCACACGCCGAGUCUGCUGCAGCAGGCGGCCACGCAAGCCACUCGCUCUUCGAAGCAGCUAGCAGCGAGUCGCUUGAUCGCAGGAGUUGCCGCCGCCGCCGGAGACGCCGUUUCCCCCAGGUGUUGCCAUGCAGGCCUGCCUAGGCGAGUGCUCGCCACAAAUUUCGUGGACCAAAUACUGCACUCAUGAAACCGAGAACAUCGUGUUUCCGGACAAGGACAGCGUCUGCGCCUGGCAGCUGGGAAAGUCAGUCGCAGAAUCUCCACACCAACAUAUCACCAGAACACCAAAGCCCAAGGUCUACCCAGAUAUCCUCCAUCAUGUGGGAGAAACACCAAUGGUUCGAAUCAACAGAAUUAAUAAGGAGUAUGGCUUGGAAUGCGAACUGUUGGCUAAAUGCGAGUUCUUCAACCCUGGGGGUAGCAUCAAGGAUCGCAUCGGGCUGCGAAUGGUGGAGGAGGCCGAGCGUGAUGGUAUUCUCAAACCUGGCUCAGUCAUCAUCGAGCCCACCUCGGGGAACACAGGCAUCGGUCUGGCGAUGGCAGCGGCCAUUCGGGGAUACCGCUGCAUCAUCGUGCUGCCGGAGAAGAUGAGCCGAGAGAAGGUGGACGUGCUGCGUGCGCUGGGCGCAGAGAUUGUGCGCACGCCCACCAGUGCGCGCUACGAUUCGCCCGAGUCGCACAUCUCGGUCGCCUUCAGCCUCUGCCGCGAAAUCCCGGGCGCCGUCAUCCUCGAUCAGUACCGGAACCCCGGCAACCCCUUGGCGCACUACGACACGACGGCCGAGGAGAUCCUGGACCAGUGCGGCGGCCACGUGGACAUGGUGGUCAUGGGUGCAGGAACCGGCGGCACGGCCACCGGCGUUGCAAGAAAGCUCAAGGAGCGCCUCCCCAACGUUCAGAUUGUGGCCGUUGAUCCGCAUGGCUCGGAGUUGGCCGUCGAUGCUGAGCCCAACGAUCCUUCUGUGACGAUGUACGAGGUCGAAGGCAUCGGCUAUGACUUCGUGCCGACAGUCCUCGACAGAAGCCUAAUUGACAAGUGGUACAAGUGCAACGACAAGGAUUCCUUCCUCAUGGCCCGAAAGCUGAUCCGACAUGAGGGUCUCCUUUGCGGUGGCAGCAGCGGGUCGGCGAUGAGCGUGGCCGUGGUGGCGGCCAAGUCCCUGAAGGCUGGCCAGAAGUGCGUAGUAAUCCUGCCCGACGGAGUGCGCAACUACAUGACCAAGUUCCUCUCGGAUGGCUGGAUGGCUGAGCGCGGCUUCAUCUCGCUCUAUUCUGAAAUGAGCACGAAGCAUUGGUGGUGGAACCAGACGGUGCGUUCUCUGCGGCUGCGCAUACCGCUGACAGUGACGCCCGGCGUGAGCUGCCAGGAUGCCGUGGAACUCAUGAGCGCCGAAGGCAUUGACCAGGUCCCCGUCGUCGAGGAAAGCGGAGCUGUGCUCGGAAUGGUCUCACUAGGAAACUUAAUGUCUAAGAUACUGGCACGGCGUAUCGACGCCACGACCCCUGUAGCAAAGGCUGCCUAUGACCAGUUCAGAAAGGUAACCCUGGACACGACGCUGGGCGUGCUGUCCACGAUGCUCGAACACGGCCACUUCGCCCUGGUCGUCGCGGAGCAAGUGCAAGAAAGCCAGAGAACCAGUGAUUCUGCAUGGUUGCCGUCUCAGCGCCGUUUUACUCCUCCGUGGUUGCCACGGCCAAUGGCUACAGGUGCGUCAACUACGAAGGAGGUUGUCAUUGGCAUUGUUACCAACAUAGAUCUUCUGCGGUUCAUCACCAAAGGAUCCAAGCCGAAGUCUGACAACAGCAUCAACGGUGACAAGAGGAUGACGGAGUAAAGCAGUCACUUCGAAUAAAGUUAGCGUCCCCUUGCCUUCAGCAUUCGUAAAGUCCCCGCUCACCCGACACCCAUUUUUUUCUCUAUUGUAUACGUAAUCAGCUCGCUAAGUUUAAUUUCACGCUUCUAAUUCAAAUUAACGUCAUGCAUUGUCUUCCACCAGUAUACGUAUAUAAAAAAUCCAGUGUGAUAGACUGGGCUGAAUGGACAGAAUGGUAAGAAAAAAAAGUUUGCUCUUCAACCAAUGGACCAAGUUCUUGCAAAAUAGAACUUUUCAUGCUGUACUCUAAAUUUACUGGUUUCUUUGGGACCUUACUAGCAGCGACAACAAUUUUUAGCUGCAUCUGAAAUUAACCAAAGCAGUAGAACCACUCAGCGAGCGUUAACAGGGCAGUAUACCAGCACCUAGUCAAGGGGUCGGGUAUAAAGAAGACGAAUACGGCUGAUGACUAUAGUGGUGGUCUUCUAAUUACCGUCGGUCUGAGCUAAGUGUGCCGCAAGCAACUAUGACAUAAAGCAUCUAGGGACUUAACCAAUAGCUGCCAAGAUGUUUGUGUGUGAUGGUUGAACAAGUAUGGCACUUGCUUCCGCUCUUCGAGGAUCGUUUAUACGCAGAAACAGAAGCGCAGGAGUCCUUAAGAACCCUCGAAUGCCUGAAUGUAGCACAGCACUGAGGCAGCGUGCGAGUGUGUUUAACGAAAGCUCAAAAUGUCAACCCUGCUUAACGUAGGGCUUUCUAUACUUCAGAUAGAUGUAGUUUUCCGUGUAUCACACAAAAUUAACUUGAUAAAAGGCGAGAGAUCAGCGGUUGUAUUAUAGUAGCUACGUCCUUUAAUCAGGCUUCGACAUAGUAUGAUUUGUGAAUAUAUUUCCCCAGAUUUGUAAUGCGGCAGUGACACAAACCUAACUAAAGACUGUUAAUCCCACUUAGAAUAAGUAGCAUAUACUUUGGAUUAUCACAAUAGUGUCCGUCACAUACGUCAUGACGUAUGGCGGCGGGCACUGUCCUCGGAAUCAAAGUGUACGCACUGCCUUCAGGGAAUGAAAUUUGACGAUUCUGACGAACGCCCUUGCAUCGGACAACACUAAAGACGUCACACGUACUUUUCGCCAUACUCCAUACUUGCACGUUUUUGUGCGUGGCGCACUGACAAGUCGACAAUUUUUAUGGACUCGCUAGCCUCGCACUGAAAAUAUCAUUUUAUUCUUAGAGGACUAUCGGGAACCCGUUGGUUUUCGGUCGCCAUUGCGAGGAAUCCGCACAGGUAGGCUCUAGCCCGGCCGAGGCUCUAGUAUCUGGUCGCCCGCCCCACCGCGUACUUGUACGGUUUGUGCUUAUAACGCGAUAGCAUGAAGGGCGCAGAAAAUGCGGCGUUGGCGUCCAUCGUUGGACGUGGACAGAUUGCGAAUCCAUUUCCGAACCACGCAUAACCAACCAUUCUUCUACCACUAAAGUUGCUCACACCUUUCUUCCAUUCUUUACAAAGUUAUUCCUCAGAGUUAUUCCUCUUUCCUCAUUUGCAGACAAACUUUCGUUGGUACCAUGGGACACUGUGUAUAAUAUUACAGAUGCUUGCGCAGCUUACGAAGAAUUCCUUAAAAUCCUUAAACCUAUAUUUACAGAGAACUCUCCUUUUGUACGCUAAAGCAAAAGAGAAAAAUUCGUAAGUCCUGGAUAACCUCUGACCUGGCAGCAAAAAUUCGGGAGAAAAAUACAAUGUUUAGCAAAUUUAUUAAGAAUAGAGAUCCAGACGCACUGAAGAAGUUUAAAACUUUCCGUAACAGUUUAAACAAAGAGUUAAAAAGAGCAAGAAAACAUCAUUUUAAUAAUUUAUUUACUUCCCUUUCUGGCUGCUCAAAUGCUCUCUGGAAGAAGUUGAACUCAGUGUUACAAUAUAAUGUUAAAAACCAAUCAGUUCGUGAAAUAAAAUACAAUGGCAACGAGUUGUCAGGGAAGGCGUUAACCAAUGCUUUCAAUGAGCAUAUUGUGAACACCGCGGGUCAAAUGGCAGCAACGAGUGAUUUAAAAAAUGUUUACUACAAUAACAGUUCAGUGUUCCUUGACCCUGUCACUGAAGCUGAAGUGACAGAGGUAAUAAUAAGCCUAAAUAACAGCAGUGCGUUGGAUGUUGACGGGAUGCAAGCGAAGCCUUUGAAGCAUGCUGCCUCUUUGCUUGCUCCAUGCAUACGGUACAUAUUUAACUUAUGCCUCGAGCAAGCGAUAUUUCCACCCCAAAUGCAAGUUGCUCGUGUUAAGGUACUCUAUAAGAAGGGUGACAAGAACGAUAUGGGCAAUUACCGGCCUGUUUCUAUAUUGCCCGUGUUUUCAAAGGCCUUUGAAAAGGUAAUCCUCAGGAGACUGAAAAAAUUCGAACAGAAACACAACAUCUUGAUUGACUGCCAGUAUGGUUUCCGUGAGGGUUUGAGCACUGAAUCGGCACUUCUUGCACAAAAAGAGUAUAUACUAGAUCAAAUCGAAAAAGAAAAUGUAAUACUGGGCAUUUUUAUAGAUUUUUCAAGGGCCUUUGACCUUAUUAAUCAUGAACUGCUUAUUAGGAAGCUAGAACGAUACGGUAUGCGAGGUGUUGCUGCUUCUCUAAUCUAUUCAUAUUAAAGAAAUAGGCAACAAAUUGUAGACAUAGAAGGCUUUCACUCGGAUCCAUUAGCAGUUUCUUGCGGUGUGCCUCAAGGCAGCAUCUUGGGACCAUUUCUUUUCAAUCUCUAUCUAAAUGACAUUGUAAGUAUUUGUCCAGAAGUAAAAUUCGUCAUUUAUGCAGAUGAUACUAGUAUAUUUUUGUCAGCAAAAGAAACCAACGAAAUAGUUCGCAACGCCAACGAAAUCCUGGGUAAACUUGAAAAGUGGACAGAAGAAAAUGCCUUAAAAAUAAAUGUACAGAAAACAAAGGCAGUUUUGUUUCACGCUAGAAACAAGAAGAUAACAUUAAAUCAAAGGGUUCUGCUUAACUCAACUCCAAUUCAAAUAGUGCCUUCUAUUAAAACACUGGGUGUUGUCUUCCACAAUACCUUGUCUUGGGACGAGCACAUAGAUCAGUUAACAACAAAACUCUCCCAAGUAAUCGGCCUCAUAUAUCGGAACGCAAGCAUACUACCACGCAGUGUAAUGAUGCUAAUUUACAAUACUUUAUUUUGUUCCAGACUUAAUUAUUGUCAACUAGUUUGGGCCUCUACGACGCAAACCAAUCUGCAAAAAAUCCAUGUUUUGCAAAAAAGUUUCUUCGAGUUAUUGCAGAUGUUCCCAGGUACCAUCCAUCUGAGCCCUUAUUUCGCAGCUACAACAUAAUGCCAGUAACAAAUAUUUAUGAUUAUUGCCUGUACAAGCGAUAUAAACAAGAGAUAAAAAAUAAUACUUGUUUCUUGCGUCAGUUAGCGAAGUUGAAACUUCACUCUACUACAUAUAAUACGCGAAAUUCUGAAACAUGGGCAAUAGAUACUUGUAGGACAACAUAUGGCUUACAAAUGUUGAAGAACCGGCUGCCAAGGUUAUUGAAUACGCUACAGAAAAAAAAUAUAGAGCCUGACAAAAUUACUUUUGCGGACCUUCGAAAAUACUUUAGUGCGUAGAAGAAGAAAACAAAAAGGGAAAAAAGAAUAGUAUAGUUAGUGCAUAAUUUUGCUGCACUUUUACUGCGGAGUUAUCUGCGCUUUCUGCGGUUCAUUUUGUGUGCGCUGGUCUCUGGUGGCGUUCUUGUAUGGAUAAACAGUGUCUUGAAAGCUGAAUGUUUGCACUUCAUAAUUGUAUAACUUCAAAUUGUAUUGUAUUAAUUGUAUUGCAAUUGUAGCUGUAUUAAUUGUAUAACUUCAAAUUGUAUAACAUAAUUUGUAUAACGAUGUCUGAAUAUGGAAUGAGUUUUAUCUUUUUGUAUGUAUGGAUUUCAGUGAGUGCUGAUCAUAACUCACAUAUAUUUUAUAAUAUGCUGACUGCUACGUGAAGUUGCCAGUGCGGGGGCCUGCGGCCUUGUCAAGCUGCAAUGCGACAGCUUUUUCUGUAGGCCUCCGGCAUCGUGUAUUUCGGAUGCAAAUAAAGUUAUUAUUAUUAUUAUUA